AGUUACGUCCCUUGGAAGACAGGGGGCGUUGUUUCCGAGCAUGGCGGACGAAGUUUAUUCUUCCUGUUUGGUUAAUAUUGUUUAUUGACACUUUACUGAGGAUAUAUUUGGUUGGCCCCUGGUGACCAUUACGCUGGCUGUGCAGGUUCUGCACGGAGAUUUGGGGUUGGACCGCAGAGCCCACACAAACAUGCCCAUGGAUCCGGACAACAAUGCACAGGCGAAUGGUCCAUGGACCCAGGGCAUGGAGGUUAUUGCCAACUACAACUUCCCUGGAAAGUCACAUGAAGACCUUCCCUUCCAGAAGGGAGAUAUUCUCUUUAUAGUCCGAUCUACACGGGAUCCAAACUGGUAUCGUGCCAAGGACAGCACUGGCAAGGAAGGGAUGAUCCCAGCCACCUAUGUACAGCCCCGCACAUCCGUGCCCCUCCAUGCAAUGCCAUGGUAUCAUGGUCGUAUGACACGGGAAGAGGCAGAACGUCUGUUGAAAUUUCAGGAGGAUGGAGUGUUUUUGAUUCGUGACAGUGUCCAUUACCAUGGCGACUACACCUUAUCAGUUGUGUAUGAAGGGAGAGUUGAUCACUAUCGGGUGUUGGCUCGUAACAGAGAGCUGGAAGUGGAUGGAGGAGAUUGUACAUUUCACAACCUGAUAGAGUUGGUUCAGCAUUACAAGACUGAUGCUGACGGCUUGUGUACAAGGCUAGUGCGCCCUGUCAAAAAGGAUGGGGAGAGUUUUGCGACGGUCAGUGUACAAGAUUUCCAGUCCAGCGGCUGGGUCAUCAAGAUGGAUAAUCCCUCCGAUUGGGUGAAAAUUGGCAAGGGAGAGUUUGGAAAUGUUUACAAGGGAGUGUACAAAGGACAGGCUGUUGCCAUCAAACAACUGAAAGAUAAGGACAAAGCUGAGCAGACCUUUCUCAAGGAAGCAUCCGUAAUGACGUCUCUACGACACGCCAACCUGGUCCAACUGAUUGGUGUAGUCCUCAGUGAUGAGUUCUUCCUUGUAACAGAGUUCAUGGGUAAAGGCAACUUGGUAGAGUAUCUCCGAAGUCGUGGUCGCAGUGUCAUCACAAAAAAGGACCAGAUUAACUUUGCCACUGACACGUGUGCAGCUAUGGACUACCUGGAGAGUAAGAACCUAGUGCACAGGGAUCUAGCAGCCCGUAACGUCCUCGUACAUGAAAAUGGAACAGCGAAGGUUUCCGACUUUGGUUUAGCUAAAUUUGAAGACUUCAGCACAGAUGGUGGCAAGUUCCCGAUCAAAUGGACAGCACCUGAGGCAUUACGGGACAAUGCCUUUACAAACAAAUCUGACAUGUGGAGUUUUGGCAUUCUACUGUGGGAGAUUUACUCAUUUGGAAGAGUACCAUAUCCUAGGAUACCUUUAGCAGAUGUGGUGGUGCAUGUAGAGCGUGGGUACCGAAUGGAGGCCCCUGAGUGCUGCCCCCCUGAGGUCUACACCAUCAUGAAGAAAGCAUGGGCAUUGAAGCCUGAUGACAGGCCCACAUUUCACUUGGUGUUAGAGGAACUAAAUGCAUUGAGAUCAGUGAGGGUGUAGUGUUAUACCACAAAUGACCAACAAUGCUCCACUUGAUUCUAUGAGACUGUUACGCUCUGUGUCCAUCUUAUUCCUACCAAGUUAUUUAUUCCACAUGACAUACGAAACAUUGUCUCCCAAAAUAUUACCGAAAGGUCUCACAAAUAUUCAUUAAGAUUCUUUAUAUUGUCAGUAUGUAAUGGUUAUAUGCUGUUUAAAAAAUGAAUUUGUUACACUUAAAUUGAAACAGGAGCAAUAAUAUUGCCUUCCAAACUGUCUCACAGAACCAUCUUGAUCUUGGGUGGAAGUUCGACAUUCAUUGCUCAGGUUCUGUUCCAGAUGAAGUUUCUAUACUUGAUACAUUCGUCAAGACAUGUGCAUGGCCCACACAUCAACACAAUUCAGUGGUGUGCACAUGCCCUGCAGGUAUACGUGUGGACGUCUUGCCAGCUGUUAUGUGCAGGGGGGCACUGUUUGCAUUUGCAAAGGUGUUGCCAGACAACAUUAGAUUUGAGCAGUUGCAUGAUAUCAGUAGGUGCCCUCCAAAAACAUAUGUGAAGCUGUAGUCCGCCAGUGUGUGACAUCAGCAGGUGCAUACUUGUGGUGACACUGCAUGACACAGGUGUAUCCAGGCACUGUGUUGUGUGGCGAUGAUGUACAGCACAGCAUCCUUUUACCACAACACUUGACUGACACGAACAUACACCAGCUGUAUACGAACCAAACAGUGUAAAGUCUGACCUAUGUUCCAAGUGAAAGAAGGCUUAUCUUCAUUGCUACAAAUAACCAAUAUUGUGCCUAUUUUGCUUUUCUACUCAGUUACACAAAUUAUGUACAUAAUUUUACAAAAAAUAUUUGAGUAUCCUCCAUUGGUGGAUAUCAAUACCAUUGUGCUUAAAUAGAUGUGUGGUUUAGAAAUGCCACAGGGUUUAUAUUGGAUUGAAAGCUAGCCCUGCACAAUGCACAUGCAUGUAUGAACAUGUUCACAUGGAUGCUUGAGUGCAAGUGUAUCUAUGAACACCCUCAGUCUAGUACACCUGAGAAUGAGCUGCCUACACACUUUGAUUACUUAUUUAUUGGAUAUAAUCUUCAUAUCAGUUAACAGAUUACCUUCCUUUGCUUUAGUACUUUUUAAUAAUUUUAAGUGCUUUUAUUUCAACUGUCAUCAUGGACGUUUCAAGCCUGUACCAUAUUUGCUUUUUUGAUUACAAAGUAUUAAGUGAUGGCCCAUGUAUCCUUGUCAAGCAAAUGUAAUGUUUGCAUUCCUUACACACAGCUAUAUCACUUGUGAAGUUUGUGUUGAUAUCGUGAAGUGAAGUGUCUUGUCUUGCCACGCUUUGCUUCAUUGUGCAUCGUAGGAGCAUCAGAUCAAGACACAAUUGUACAUCAAAGCAACCAUGGUGACAGUGAUCAGUUUCCAUGGUACAAGUAGUUUGUGUCCAAGUACAGAUUCUAGUGGAGCACUGCUUGAUGACAGCAUUAUGCACAAACAGUAUCCAUUGUAACGGUGGUCAGUGUCCUUUGGACAUAGUCUGCAACACAGGAGCCAAAAUAAUUCAUCUAUGCAGAUUUAAGUGUGUUCUGUGAAAUCAGUAUGUGGAUGUUUCUCGAAUAUAUUGGUGCCUUAAUGUUGUGGCUGUAUGUGUCUAUGUGGGAGAUGGUUUGUGAUGAUUAAUCAGAUGCACGCUAGUGAUAUUGCACAGAUAGGACUCGUGAAGUGUUCAGGCUGUCCAAUGGAUGCCGGCUAACCACUACAUCCGCUAGAAUUGCUGUAAAUGUUUGAGUGUUACUGAACCCAAUGGCAAAGAAUUGUGUGGGUUUGCAUCUGCAAUGGAAGUGAACUGAAUACUGCUUCGUGUUGAAAAUGUUGGCUGAGAAAUGUCUGUUUGCUGGAAAUCCAUGUAUGUCAUGUUGUCUUCUGGGUUGCUCUUGGUUGAUAACCUUUGAGAUGGUAUCUCAGUCAGUGGAGAGUUGACUGUCAGUGUUUUAGGCUUCUGUGACGCUGUCCUAUGCAGCCAUUGUGUCCUGUGUAUAUAUUCCCCUUUGUUGUCAAGUGGUCACUGCACUUGUAAAUGCUUCCUGUUAAUGAGCAUUAUUGACCAAGAUUCCUCAUUACGUGUUCUAAGGUAUUCGAGCUACUUUUUUCAAACAUGUAGCUCAUCAUGCUCACAAAGAUCUUUGUAUGGACUAAAUGUUUCUGAAUAUUCACUGAUCCUUGCUAUCCUGCUGAUGUAAGAUGUAUGUUUUGCAAUACUCUUAUUUCUCCUUGGUGGUUCAUUCUACAGUGAUCUGAUCAAACACCUUGGCUAACUGAAGUGAUUGAACUGUACAGGUGCUGAAUCAACAGCUUGUCACAACACAUUGUUUGUACUUAGCAAUAGUACUGAGUGAUGCCUUUCAGUACUAAAAAUCAUUGUCACAAAAAGUAAUUGCAGGCAAUUACAUAUCUUCAUGAUUGAUGCUUUCCUAAUUAAAGUUUAUGUUUAUGUUUGCAGUUAAAGCUUGGUUUUUGGAUUUUAUUACUGCUAUUAAGAUACUGUUUGUUUUGUCAGCUUAUUUUGGAUCUGCUUUAGGAAAGGUUUUGUUUCUCCAUAUCAUUUCUCUCAGUCACUAUUCUGUAUGUCAUCCUCAUUUUAUCAUCAACUAUUUGUACAGUUUUUGUAGAAUUUUUAUGACCAUGAUGACAAGGUUAAUUAAUUACAUGUGAGAAAAUGAAAAUUUGAUGCAUGUCAAAAUCUCCAAAUAGCCUCGGUUAUUUUAUGCACACUAUGGUUAUUAUAAGGGUAACGCUAUUUUUCAGGGCAUUAUCAUUGGCAGAACCCCAAGGUCUUCCAUUAACUGCCCGACGAAGGAGUGCAGUUGAAAAGACUGGAGGCUUCUGCAAGUGAUAAUGCCCUUAAAAAUUAGCGUUACCGUUUUUAUAGCUAAAAUGGAUGGAAUUUGUUAUCAAAUAAAAAGAAACAACAAUAUCGGUUUUGAAACAUUUACUGCAAUCAACACGAAUGUCACUGACCCACUUUUACAAAUAUGGAAACGUCAUAGAACAAACCAGAUGACGUCACUAUUAAAAGUGACGUCACCUAUCCCUGUCCUAUGACGUCAGCUAACAACGGGCGUGAUAAGGCCCGUCGUCAAGCAAUAUGAGGGCAUGAUCAAGUUACAGUGGCCCGCUCAUUUCUGAUAACAUGCGGGUGGUUUAAUGAUAAUUCUAUCCAUUUUAGCUAUAAUAUGAUAUAAGGCAGGUAACAUGAUAAUGCUGACAACUUCCUCAUCUAGUGCUCAUCAGAUUGUCAUCCUCUCAUGGAUACUGUCACGUUACUUGUGUCUGGUAUACAGGUGGACUGCACUAAGCACAACACUGUCAAUUUGUCUGCCAAUUUUACAGUAAAUAAUGAAUGUUUUACACCUUUCGAAAUCUCCUCAGUCAUGCUUGUCACCAAGUGACACCAGUACUACCAUGCCUCAUGCCUAGUAUUGUGGUUGAAGGAAGACACAGUAUUGUGCUUGUGCCAAUGAAGUCCUUCAGUUCAGGUCUGUUAUCUACCCAGUAGCCAGAAAGUUAAACAAGCUCAAUAUCAUAUACUACUCAAAAGAAGAUAAAGAACACCCAUUUUUUUCAUAUGGCUAUAUUAAUUCUGUCACAGCAAGUGGUUAGUAUCGCACACAACCUCCCAAUUGUGGGUGUUUUCUAACUUGUUUUGAAGAGGAUACAAUGACAAAUACAUAUUUUGUUCAUAUUUACGAUCAUAUAGUCAGAAAACAGUCACAGCAACAGGUGGUACUGUCCAUUCUACUCAAGUAACAUCCUAUCAUAAUAGGUGUCAUUGAAAUAUCUGUGAUUGUUUAAAUAUUUCAUUUGUGUUGUUCUCUUUUCUUAGAAAACCAUGAACUGUGUGUAGUAUUUAUUAUGAGGUGACUACUAUGCAUAUUGAACACCAUAGUCCAUUUACAUGUGGCCAACAUGUUUGUUGUCAUUCACCACUGGUAUCAUUUCAUUAUUUUUGUAGAUCUGUAUCAACGUUCAGCUAUGUUGGAGGUAGUUUCAAAGGACUGACUGCUGUAAGUCUUAUGCUGAAACGGGGGGUUCGAAGAUGGUCCUGUCAGACCAGUUACUUUGUAAACAUGACCCCUCAACAUUAGGUGUCUUUCUGCGUGACAGAAAAGUUUAACAGUAACAGGACAAAAAGUAUUUUUAGCUCUUAUCUAGGAUUCAAGCAGAUUUUGUAUGGGCUGCAUUGUUUUGAAAGACUUUAAGAAUUUAUAAAACUUUGUAAUAGACUAAAUCUUUUAGCAACUACCAACUUAUAAAAAAAUGCAGAUAAUAGUUCCCCGAGACCCUUUGACAUUAGCUGUAUCAGCGUGAUCAGUAGAGAUUAUAACCCCAUACUCUGGUGUAUUGAAAAUGCAUUCUUGUAUUUUGUAGUUUUUGCAAUUUAUUAUUUUUGUAGCACAUUAUUUCAUCUGAUUGUUAACAACAUGCUUAGGUCAUAUCAAAAUAUCAGAGUGACAUGUUGCCUGAUGAUGUUCUGGGAGUACAGAAUAUUGUAUUACAGUAUCCUGACAGUUAGUCUUGCACAUUGUUAUGCUUAUAACACCAUGCCAUAAACCAUGUUUUAUUUGUAGUUCCACUAGCUAUACGUUGUUGCUACUAUACUAUGUACUGCACCGAUACUUGACCCUCAUAUGUGAUGAAAAUACCAUUUCACGAUUCGGGCACUGAGUAUGCUCCGGCAGCUAGUUUGGUGUCUGAAACUUUCAAAUUACCUUGAGAUGGAGGCUUGGAAAGGAACCAGUACUAACAUAACUGCUGUUUGAACCCUAAUUUUGGAUGCCAUAAGUCAUCUGUAUGGAGGAUGCUACAACUCAUUGAUAGAUGCCAUAGCGGUUGAUGCAGUUUGUUCAAUGGUGCAUGCAUUGAUCCAUAUGCAUCUUCCCAAGGCAAGGGAGCUAACUGACUAUAAAAGUCUAAUUUUACACCCUUGCCGAUCUAGGCUGGAAUAAUGGAAUUAUGUUUUGGCUGGACUAAGUCUUUGGGUAGUCCAAUCAAAACCCUUUACAAAAUCGACAUCCGCUUCGUAAACAGCUGUGCAGGAUUUGCAAAGCAUGUGUGCUGCCAACUUAGCCUCAACAGAUAUUUUCCAAAUCUUUUCAAGUUUUUAAUCAAGAUGCUCAUGUCAUUUGAUACACUUUAGUAAGACACAUCUGAAUACAGUAUAGAUCUUGAUUACAAUCAGAUCGUCUUCACCGGGUGCCGCCAUUUUGUUGAAAGUAAAUGCAAUUGAUAUGAAAGGUGUAAUAUGAUUGGUCAAUAGGAGGGACAGAAGGAACUGAUCUAUAAAUACCCACUGGUGGCACUAUGAUCAAGCCAAGAAAUUCCUGCCUAGUUCGUCAAGGGUGGAAACUGGACUUCAUACAGUCAAUUAACUCCCUUGUGAACUUCAUGUGAAUAGCCCUUCCUUGAACAAUAAACAACAAUGAACUUAAUGCAAGCAAUUGACACUUGCAUUCUUUGCAUUAAUUUCAUAAUUUCCAGUAUCUGGUUGAUACAAUUGAGCUAUUUGGUGGUUGCAGUACAGAGGAGUAGUCAGAUGGUAUAGGAUGCUGGAACCAGUGUGUUUAUUGUAGCCUUCUCCAUCGACAGCUUCUGCCUGACAGAAUGGAUGUAUAUUUGUACAUGGUAUAAUCAUAAUAACAAAUAAACAUAUUCAAAUUUA